AAUGAAACUUGAGGGAUGACGUCAUCUGCAGGCUCCGCCCCUGACCUUUGGAAAGCUUGUGUGGACUCGGACGAGCGCACUCGCCUUCACCUCCAACCAGCGGUACGACAUCACAACAUGUUGGGUGCCAGCGUGGUCUUCUUCCUGCUCCUCACAGGAGCCGGCGCGUUCAUGCUACACAACACCCACAGUAGCCUGUGUCUGGAGGACUCCUGGCCAGCGGGUGGUGCCGUUCUGAAGAAGUGCAGCCUGGACUCGGAGGCCCAGCAGUGGCGGUGGAAGCACGGCGGCCUGCUGACGUGCGUCGCCACCUCCAGGUGUUUGUCGUCACGGCAGCCGGACCUCACCCGGCCAUGUCCCGCGUCGGAAGGCGAUGAGGACGAGGAUCUGGCGUGGGAGUGCAACGGGAACGUGCUGGUCAGCCGCGGCACGUCACUGCUGCUCUCUGCAGACAGGGGGCGCCUCCUCCUGAGCCCGGAUGACAAAGGCUCCGUCUGGAGGUCGCUGGACGCAGGCCACGUCUGCCAGGAGACACUCAGGCCCAGGAGGUCGUCUCAUGACACAGACGAGUCCACGGCGGAUGGACGGGACAAGCUUGUGACGCUGACAGACGAACAAAAAGAAUACCUGCGCUGGUUCUAUCGCACUGAAGACCAAACGAUGUGGAAGUUUGUGCUGCUGGGUUUGGCCUUCGUCUGCCUCCUCGUUGGCUUCCUCUUGUUGGGAAUGGGCGCCAUGGCCAGCAGAAACAGGAGGAAGAUCGCCAAGUACAAGGCGGCCGCGGCCCUGGUGAACAAAAGCGAGGAGACGUGGGUCGUCACGCACGUCGACGGCGACGACUACGCCGGCACGCCGUCGCCGCGGAGGUCGAACGUCGCCCCGUGCAACGGCGACGCCAGCGAGCUCAAUGCGGGAAGCAUCGUGGUCACGUGGAAAGACGGGAACACUUCCUGUUUGUACGCCGAUGCUCCAAUAGGGGAGGAGCUGCCAGAACCUGAGAAGGAAGAGGAGGAGGAGGAGGAGGUGAAGGAAAGAGGAGACCAAUGAAGAAGAUUGACAACAUCUGCUCUUUAGUCACCCGACAUGAUGAUAACGAUAAUGUAGAGAUAGAAAAGAUGGGUGCGUUUGUUUUGUGUGCAAAUGUUUGUGUAAGGCCACAUGAUCUUUGUUACUGUGUUUUUUUCAGACUGGAAAUACAAUUGUCAGAAUAAGUUAUCACGCAACUUGUUUGCUUGCAGUUCAGGUUGCCUUGGUUACUAUCCACUUGUGCCCACCAAAGCUGUCUUUGUUCUUAUCAAGCAAUGGCGGACAGCUCGUAAAUCUCGCUGGAGAAGUGUCUGUUUUCUAGAUCUAGACAGCCAGGGGAGAAGCCUUAUCAGGACCUGAAAUCUCCAAGAUCAUAAGGCGGAUGAGCAGAGAAGGGGCAAACCUGACACCGCUCCAAGCACAUUUGGUUUGAACUGUUUGUGACCCAGUGCGGGGCUGCUGCAUAAUGUGACCCCUACCCUUAGAAGCAGCUUUAGCUAUGUAAUCAGGGAAUUCAAAAAUAAAUGGGGAGGCGCUGGAACUUUUUCCUCAGAGCGUGGGGUGACAUUGUACGAGGGUGCGGUUCCACGCGCUCUCCUCAUGAGCUAAAUUGAA